GAAUUUCACCUAGCUAAAGCCAAAAAGAGCUUCAAUUUAAGCCCUGAAAUAUAAAAAUUACAAAAUAAAAUAUAUAAAUAUAAAAGAAAAACCCCUUUCCCCUUUCUCCCAUUUCCAGUGGUAACUUCGUUUUUUCUAUUAUCUUGGACUUUGCAUCUCUUUCAGGCACUGAAAGAGGACUUGGCCGUGGAAAAUUGAACUUCAAGCUAUUUAGGAGUCUUUAAAUUUUCUAGUUUGUGUCAUAGUGCUGGGAAAAUGGCGAAUGCUAUAUCGAUAUCGCCAUAUUUUAGACCUUCAGAUACUAGAUCAAUGGGGGUACUUAAUGUUCUUGGUGGGAGAGUAUUAAUGGAGAAUCCUUUAGGGAAACUUAGGUGCAGGUCUUCAAGUCCGAGCCAAAGGUCUAAUAUGCCUCAUUUUAGAUGUUCCAACAACUCCCAUAGCGUUAGUCCGUAUCAAAAUAAGGACCCUUUUCUGAAUAUGCACCCAGAAGUUUCGAUGCUUAGAGGUGAAGGGAAUCCUAUAGUAACAAACCCGAGAAAGGAUAGCUCCAGUCCCGAGAGCUUAGGGGGCAUGACGGGUUCAAGUAAUUAUAGUGAAGCUAAGAUCAAAGUCAUUGGUGUCGGAGGCGGUGGGUCAAAUGCUGUUAACCGUAUGAUAGAGAGUGCGUUGAAGGGUGUAGAGUUCUGGAUUGUUAACACUGAUAUUCAAGCUAUGAAAUUGUCACCUGUCUUUCCUGAGCACCGUUUGCAAAUUGGUCAGGAGCUAACUCGGGGUCUUGGUGCCGGUGGAAACCCAGAGAUUGGUAUGAAUGCUGCCAAAGAAAGCAAGGAGUCAAUAGAAGCGGCUCUUUAUGGUGCUGAUAUGGUUUUUGUUACUGCCGGAAUGGGCGGAGGGACUGGAACUGGUGGAGCUCCCAUAAUUGCAGGGGUGGCAAAGUCCAUGGGUAUAUUAACUAUUGGUAUUGUCACUACCCCUUUUUCUUUCGAGGGAAGAAGGAGGGCCGUUCAAGCACAGGAAGGCAUUGCAGCUCUGAGAGAAAACGUUGACACACUAAUUGUUAUCCCAAACGACAAGUUGUUGACUGCAGUUUCACCGUCUACUCCAGUAACAGAAGCAUUUAAUCUGGCUGAUGAUAUUCUUCGUCAAGGUGUUCGUGGAAUUUCCGAUAUAAUUACGAUUCCAGGGCUAGUCAAUGUGGAUUUUGCAGACGUGCGAACUAUAAUGGCAAACGCUGGUUCUUCAUUAAUGGGGAUCGGAACUGCAACUGGGAAAACACGGGCAAGAGAUGCUGCGCUAAAUGCUAUCCAGUCGCCUUUGUUAGAUCUUGGUAUAGAAAGGGCUACUGGAAUUGUUUGGAACAUAACUGGUGGAAGUGAUUUAACCUUGUUUGAGGUAAAUACUGCAGCUGAGGUUAUAUAUGAUCUAGUGGAUCCAACUGCCAAUUUAAUAUUUGGAGCUGUGAUCGAUCCGUCAAUUAGUGGCCAAGUAAGUAUAACCCUAAUUGCGACAGGAUUUAAACGGCAAGAAGAAACCGAAGGAAGGCACCUUCAGGCAGGUCAGCUAGCACAGGGAGAUACCGGUCUUGGAAUCAAUCGGCGACCUUCUUUCAAUGAAGGCAGUUCAUUCGACAUCCCGGAGUUCUUGAAGAAGAAAGGACGUUCACGCUAUCCGAGAGCUUAAAUACUUCUCUGCAUAGCGUUUCGGUUCCUGCUUGGUUCCCUUGUGGUUCUCUUUUCCGUUUCUUCCGUUCCGGGCUAUUAACGUGUACAGAAUAUAGCAUGUUAGUAGUUGGUUCCAUAACAACUAUCUUUGUUUUCUUUCAAUAAGUUGGGAGUAAAAUUUCUUGAAGUUUAGGUUAGUGAAUGCUUUUUAAGUAACAUGUUUGAAUAAAACCUAAAGUAGCUUUGUAUAGAGUGAAAAUUUGAUGAAAAAAGCGAAGAUGAGAUUAUUCAGUGUGAUUUAA